CACAAGCGGCAGUCAGAAUGACUUCAACACAAGAGCUAAAAGAGGUAAUCAAAGAUACUUUGGAGAACAGGGGAGUGCUGGGACAAAUCAAGGCCAGGAUACGAGCGGAGGUGUACAACUCCCUGGAUGACACUAGCGAUUCUAAACCACCUCUCAGCAAUGAGAACAUGAUGAUAAAUGAACUUAUAAGGGAAUACUUAGAAUUCAACAAAUACAAGUACACUGCUUCUGUUCUUGUGUCAGAAUCAGGUCAGCCUAAACAGCCUUUAGACCGGGCAUUUCUAGCCGAGGAGUUGAAUGUGGAAGAGGACAGAAAUAGCACUCAAGUGCCACUGCUGUACAGUUUGAUUGGUCAGUUUAUGAAUAAAAACCGUGGGAAAUCCACAAAAUCUGCAAUGCAGAACCGAGGACAGUCUUCCCGAUUCCUCGAUGAUCUUGAGCAUGAGAUGGCAUCGGGAGGCAUUAACCAUAUAACAGAGCCACUGGUUGUAAGAGGGGGUAGAAAAUGACCUACUUGAUGUGACACUGCCAGAUGAACUUCCCGCCAAGGCAGCUACACAUGCUAGAUGUUCAUCACAUAUAUGAAAAACAUUGUGACUUGGUGUGAAUGUUAAACUACACUGAGCUUGUUGUUUUUUUUCAUCAGCAAGGUCAUUAACACUUACCCAAAGCAAAAGUGUGAUUAGUUAAUAGCUCUGUACCUAGUGAAAAAAAGCAAAUUCCAAUGUAUAUGUAUAUAAAAAAUGAUAAACAACGAAGAAAGAUAAAUGUACAACCAUGUACAUGUAUGUCAAUGGGUGGUCCAUAUUGAGGACAUUGGUAUUAAGUUUUCUUUUCCCUCAGAUUGGAAAGAAGUGUUGACUGUGAUAGAACAAAGUGAUUGUUGAAUAUUGUUGACUCGAUGAUACUGGUGGUGUAUGUGUGGAGGACGAGGCUUCUCUCACAACAGUUCCAGAUUGUCUCACAAUGUCUAUUUAAAACGCAAUGUGUACAUGUGAAUGUCACUUGGUCAGUAAAAAGUCAUAAACAUGCAUAUGUAUGUGUACAUUUAAGUGUUAUUCGAAAAUAGAUACAUUUUUAAUAUUUUUGUGAUUAUUAGUUGAAUAAAUAUGCAAAAUUAUAA